GUAUCAACGCGUAGGCGAAGCUGGGAGUUUUCUCUUCUUUCUUUUUCUUUCGCCCCAUCAAUUGUAGAUUUUCACACGAGAAAACCAUUUCGCGGCUUUGGUACCCGGAAGUGACUGCUGAUUAACCAAAAGUGACCCCUUGUCAAAAUCAGCGGCUGGUGGGGGUGUCAAUUAACAGAAACGCGCUAGGUCGUGGUAAGUCGCGUUGCCAGCCCCCUGAUUUUCGCAUCCAGCGCGUGUGCCCAUAUUGAAGAUAUCGAUUACAAUUACCCCAAGCGCUUUGCACUUGCGGUACUCUUUUCUUUGUACCAUUCACUCAACCAUCUAUCCUCCGAAUUGACCUUCCGUAACAUCUCAUUUACCAACAAACAAACCAAACACUCACUCGAUCUAUCCGACUGGCUUCCAAGAAGGGCGCCACAUAUCUGCCCCUGUUUAAUUUGCAAUUAAAGAGUUCCCCCAGCUCCUCCCGCCUUAAUCGGCUCGAACAAGUACCACAGCCAAGCUACCAUCGAGCUCGCUCUCACAUAGCUCAGGCCGAGCGCCCACCCAACCCAGAAACCAUAUAGAAACCGACAUAAAAAUGCCACCACAAAAAGUAAAGAAGGCAGGGGCCAAAAAAACCGUCCCAGGCGCAUCAAGAGACAGCGGGGUAAUGCCUGGCGACCCGAUCCCACAAAAGAAGUCGAGACGCUAUCGCCCGGGCACCCUCGCUCUGCGCGAGAUCAGGCGUUACCAAAAGAGCACCGACCUGCUUAUGCGCAAGCUUCCCUUUGCCCGCCUGGUGCGCGAGGUCGCACUCAGCGUCCGCCCCGUCGACGAGGGCUUCAGGUGGCAGUCUCACGCAAUCCUGGCCCUGCAGGAGGCCGCCGAGGCCUUUUUGGUCAAGCUGUUUGAGGACACGAACCUGUGCGCCAUCCACGCCAAGCGCGUCACCAUCAUGCAAAAGGAUAUACAGCUUGCCAGGCGGAUACGUGCCGAUGGCAUUUGAGGGACAGAUGCUUCUUUUUCUUUUUCUCUUUCUUUUUUUACCUUUGUUUUCAAAAACAUGUUGAGAUACCCAGGAUCGUCGGUGGUCUUGCUCGCGGUGGUGUGGGCUUCCGUGGACUGACUUGAUUUAAGAGUAGGCUACAUUAUUUACAGCUGCCUCGCUUAAUUGGACAAGCUGGAUGAGCGAUUCUCAUGGUGGCGCAGGGCGUUGUUUGGAGUUAUUUUUUGGGGUCAAUGUCUAACCGGUGCAUACGCAAUGUUGACUGGCGUUAUUGGAUGGCUUUAUAUUUUUUUACUUCUUAUUUUCUACAUUGUAUGUAAUUUACGGCUUUGAUAUUUGGGGUGUCGCAUGGCGAUGAGCUGCGGAUAGUUUACGGUAUAAAACGUAAUAUACUCAUAUCGUGAAGUUACUCUGGGG